CCUGGGCUUGUGUCUCUGCAGCAACCCCACCUCUCCGUCCCUUAUCAUCAGCUACUGCCAGGCCCGCCACACCUCCUCGCGACCUUUGCUCCAGGCUUGUUUUUUCCCUCUGGACCUGGGAACCUGAGGCUCACUUUCACUCGCUGCCUGUCCUUCGCAGGCACCUUGCCAUGUGCACGGGAAAGUGUGCCCGCUUUGUGGGGCUCUCCCUCAUCCCCCUCUCCCUGGUCUGCAUCGUGGCCAACGCCCUCCUGCUGGUGCCCAACGCGAAGACCACCUGGACCAAGGACCACCUCAGCUUGCAAGUCUGGCUCAUGGCUGGCUUCAUCGGCGGGGGUCUGAUGGUACUGUGUCCGGGAAUCGCCGCUGUUCGAGCAGGCGGCAAAGGCUGUUGUGGUGCAGGCUGCUGUGGAAAUCGCUGCAGGAUGCUGCGCUCGGUCUUCUGCUCGGCGUUCGGGAUGCUGGGUGCCAUCUACUGCCUCUCGGUAUCGGGAGCCGGGCUCCGAACUGGACCCAAAUGCUUUAUGAACGGCUCUUGGGGUUACCACUUCGAAGAGACCGCAGGCUCUUACCUGCUCAACCGCACCCAGUGGAGCUUGUGCGUGGAGCCCCCUGGUGUGGUCUAUUGGAACGUGACGCUCUUCUCGCUGCUGGUGGCCGCCUCGUGCCUGGAGAUCUUGCUGUGUGGGGUGCAGUUGGUGAAUGCGUGCAUUGGUGUCUUCUGUGGCGAUUGCAGGAAGGAGGGCGCCCGUCAGUGAGACUCCACCGACCUGGUCUGUUGCUCCUGGAUACCCACCUGGCCCGCCCCCGCCCUGGAAUAAACUCUUACCAGCUCUCUUCCACGUCUCUAAUUGCGCCCUAUAAAGGGAAUGUCCGAUGGCCUUCAGAUACAUCGGAGCUCCGGGCUCUCAUGUUUGGAGCCCUUGCACCCUGCCUGUUUUCUUAAUAAAUAAUUAUUGAGCUGUUGGUGCGCUGGAAACACAGUGUAAACAAGACAGGCAAGGUCUGUGCUCUGAAAGAAUUUAACAUUCCAGAAGUAGAAGAUGGACACCUUUUAAAAGUGGCACUAGAGGAGUUCCCCGUGGCUGCAGCGGAUUAAGGAUCCUGGGUUGUCUCUGCAGCGUUUUGGGUUGCUGUGGAGGCAUGGGUGGGACCCCUAGCCUGGGAACUUCCCUAUGCCUGUGGAUGCGUCAAUAAACAAACAAACAGAUAAAA